UCAAAUUGAAUUUGACAACGUCAGUCUACAGACAAUUUCAUUAAAAAUAUUUUGGUUUUUUGCAAGUUCAUCGGCUUGCCGGUAUUGUGAAAACAAUGGAGACUAAUCUUCAGUAUGAGGAUUUGUUGAUAAAACUGAGAGCUAAGCUUAAUGAAGAGAAGAUUAAGUUAUGGGAACCACCGUAUACACAAGCCGAAAAUGAAAUACCGCAGAGUUUGCAGGAUCUUGCGAGGAAGUUUGCAACAGAAUUUAAUAUGGACAGUGACAGUGUCCUACAGGCCUUGCGUGAGCUGCAGCUUCAUUCCAUGGAGAGGGUGAGGGCCAAUGAGGAGUAUAAAGAGACAGGCCUGGCCACGUUCAGGGUUAAGGCCAUGCUGCAAGGCCAAAAACCUAUGCAAAUGAAUAUUCAAAAAAAGUUGAUUGCAAUGGCGACUGAACUUAUUUCUGCUGUGGCAGUUAAUGUCAAUAUACCUGAUAAUAGGUUAAAGUUGAUAUUUAACGGGAAAGUGAUAAAGCCGUCGAUGACAUUGGCAGAGCAGGGGAUCAAAAAUGGUGCUCAAAUCAUGGCCUUGAUAAUGGCAGAAAGUCCCGAAGAGAUAAGCAAGGAGGAUUCAAGGUACAAAGAGUUGAAGGCGACCCUGGACGACGCCACCCUGCUGUCAGAAUAUGGCGUUGAUAUAGUUGGUGAUGAAGAUUAUAUGAAGCUGGAGGACCAGAAUGGCGUGGCAAUGGAACUGCCUCCAGCUGAGAGGCGGUCGUUGAUGGUGGGCCUGGCGCUGCACGAGCGCGGCCGCGUCGCCAUCAGGCACAAGGACUUCGCACUGGCGCUUGUACUGCUGCUGGAGGCAGAUCGGCAAUUCAGCGAGUGCCGCUCGUCGCUGCUGCAGUCGGUGGACAACUGGGCGGUGAUGCAGCUGGACGUGUGCUGGUGCUACGAGCGGCUGCGCGCGGUGUCGUCGGCGGCGGACGCGGCGCUGCGCCUGCAGCGAGCCGCCGCCGCCUUCUCCAGCACCUACGGGGACAACCACCACCGACUCAUAGCCAUUAAGGGCAACGCUGAGAGCGAGCGCAUUCUGUUCAUGCGUCUGUACCUGUUGCAAGGCAUCGUGGCGUACCACCAGAACAAUAGACAGGAGGCCAAGAGGCUCUUCGAAAAGGCAGAAUACGAAAUGAACUUUUUGAGGGUGAACGAGGAGUCGGUGUCGUGUUUGAUGGAGCUGGGCUGGUCCCGUGCGCAGGCGCGCACCGCCCUCCGCGCCACCAGCGGCGACGUGGACCGCGCCCACCACCACCUCGACCACCAGCGACAAGUGCGACACCAGGAGCGCGAGCGACACCGACAGGAGAAGGCGGCGGCGGGCGCGGCGGCGCGCGCGCUGCACGUGCUGGUGCGCGCGGGGCACGGGCGGCGCGCGCGGCCGUGGACACGUAGUUAUAUAGUAGUGUGCAGCACGUGUGACGGUGUGCAGGGCGGCGGCGGGCGCGGCGGCGCGCGCGCUGCACGUGCUGGUGCGCGCGGGGCACGGGCGGCGCGCGCGGCCGUGGACACGGCGGCGGCGGGCGCGGCGGCGCGCGCGCUGCACGUGCUGUGUGCAGCACGUGUGACGGUGUGCAGGGCGGCGGCGGGCGCGGCGGCGCGCGCGCUGCACGUGCUGGUGCGCGCGGGGCACGGGCGGCGCCGCGCACGCGCCGCGCUGCAGCAGGCGCGCGGGCUGCUCCCCCACGCACUGCGCCUGCUCGCCACGCCCGCCUGGGGGCCGGACCGCACGCCUCCCGGCUCCGACUCCGACUCCUACAGCGACGACGAACCCGACCCCGACAACAAACUCGUCGAGGGGCUGGAAGCAAUGGGCUACAUGACUGAAGAAGCGAAGACCGCUCUGAAACUCGCCCAGAAUAACGUCUCUGAUGCUGUAGAGAUCCUUGUAGCCGCCGGGGGACAACUAAUUAAGAGGCAAGAUCCACGCGAGUCAUCGAACCCUUCCACCAGUUCUGGCGCGUCUUCUGAGAAAAAGAUUAAAAGGGAACACAGGAGGAAAGAGCGCGACUUGGCACUGCAGCGGCUCUCGUCGACGAUCAGAAUGGAGGAAGACGACUAUUUGGACUGUUCACUCGUCGACGAGGAGGAGUGCCUCGCGCAGUACAAGUCACUCCUGUGAAGAGUUGCAGCGAUGAACAGCUUUGUAACAAAAUCGUAAACAAUUCUACACAUUUACCAUAUAACUACUGGACAUAAUGAGACUCAACAUCUCAUGUCUCAGGAUGGCGAACGCAGUGGAAUAUCAAACAAUACUUUGUAAUUCAAGGUGUUGGUGUUUAUACUGUUUAUGGGCGGUCGUAUCGCUUACCAUCAGGCGAACAGAAAGCUCUUCUCGUCAUUAAAAGUAAUAAAAAAAAAUUAAAACUCCUUUUUAGAAAUUCGAUCCGCUGAAAUAUGACACUGAAAAUGUGAUAAACGUAGUUAUUUGUCGCGGAAAUAUAUAAUGGAAUUAAAAAUAAUGAUGACACUAGUCUUGUAUACUGUCCCACUGGUGGGCACGGAUCGUCUUCCUACUGAGAGAGUUUAAAUAAAUUUCAAGAUUUUAGCAAAAUACAUUGAACACAAGUAGCUAGUUAUUUGUUUACGUUUUUGAUACAAAGCUGUAUACCAAAAGCAAUAUCAAAGGUACCUUUAUUCGAUGCGUCCACACGGCCCAACCAACCAACCGUCCGUCCAACAGUCGACGGGACAGGAGCACGGCGAGCUUAAUAUAUGGGCGUAUGACAAAUUGAUUUUCUAAUUGUCAUGAGUAGGCCCAAUAAUUCUACAGAAGUACAUACAAUGAGAUCUCGGGAGGUAGUUGCCCUCCCCUGGCUUCCAUGGGUACGCUCAAGUAAAUAUUCUGCUGGGUGUUUAACUAGUCUCUAAUUUCGGCGUUAGGCCACCUUUAAUGACUAUAUUCACGCUAACCAUGCGUGUAGGGUCGGCAGGGCCUUAUAUUAGCCAUGACGGCCAUAUACUCGUAGUUUGACGUAUAAUGUAUACAUGUAUCAAUGUGAUAAAUGUCUACACCAAUAUUUAGUAUUUUAAGUGUCGGAGAGACAGGUAGGGUUGCCAACCUACUGUUAGUUAAGUAUUAUUCUUUAUUUCGGAGGUAUACUGUUUAUUAUCCAGUAUAGAGAAUCCACUGGAAUCCAGAGGCGUAAAUAAGUAAACUGGAAUGUAUUCAAAGAUAUAAACUUCCGUUUAUUUUAUUUAAAACUAGCUUUUGCUUGCGGCUUCGCCCGCGUGAAGUAGUUUUCCGAGAUAAAAGUCCACUGUAUGAUAAAAGUCUUGCUACAUAUUUUCCAGGUACUGAUAUGUUCAAACCAAUUUUAUCCCCAUGGGGGUUGAAUUUAUCAAAAUCCUAUUUAAGCGGAUGCCUACGUCAUAUCAUCUACCUACAUGCCAAAUUUCAGCCCGAUCCGUCCAGUGGUUUGGGCUGUGCGUUGAUACAUCACUAUGUCACUCAGUCAUCUUUGAGUUAUAUAUAUUUAGAUUAUUUGUCGUACAAAGUUGGCAACCCUAAUUAGAUAUAAUCCUCUGUAUCGUAGACAAUAUUUAACCAUUAAUGUAUUACCAAACGACUUGAUGUCUUUUAAACUUUAAUUAUAAUAUUCGUUGAAAUUUUGAAAUCGAGAACUUAAUAACAUUAGGCAACAAUAAUAUUGUUUUCCAAAAAGGAAUAAAACGUGCAUAAAUAUAAAAGUAGGUGAUAUAGGACUAAUAUUUUGUCCUAAUAAUCUGUUUUUUUAAAUAAGACGAGCUUUUAUGUCAUAUGUGAGAUAACGCAUUUUUAAUGUCCCUUAGUAUAGUGCAGUGCCAAGAGGUCCAUAUAACCUAAUUCCUGUAGACUUCCUGUAGAAUCUAAUUGUCAGAACGAUUUGUAGACCACAUUUAUGCAUAUUAGUACCAAAAUUUUUGGUCGAGUUACCUUUAGGAAAAUGUCACCUUUCGCCACUGGUGUAGUGCCAUUUAAAACCCUAAAAAUAAUGUAAUUCGUAUACCAAUAUUAUACUGAACAUUUUAGACUAGUAUAUAAUCAAGUUUUUCAUAUUAAUCUGAUUGUGGUGUCUAUAGUAAUAUAUAUUUAAUUUCCACAACCUCUAAGGUCUACCAAGAUGAGUGUUGUCGUUGAAUGAAGAUUGAUGCGGAAAACGUUGUGAUAUUAAGAUAUAUUCGAGUUCACGGCAAACUUUAUGACUGACUUGAAGUUUGCGAAGGUUGCUUUUGAUGCAGUAACUUCAGACUGGCUAUGAAAACUCUAUUAGGGCGUAUGACCAACCAGUCGAGUUUGUUGUGGACUACAAUAUUGGCUAGGUCGCACCAAGUGUGAAGUAGUGAGGUCAGAAUUAAGCCAAGUUUACACUAGAACAGGAUCUCGUGUCACGCGAAAUUCUUUAAGAGUUGGUUUAUAAAGUGGCAUUGUACAAAUCCUGGUUUUAAGCCUAGUUUACACUAAAACAGGAUCUCGCGUCAUACGAAAUUAUUUAAAAGAAUUCUUUUAAAUGUGGGCAUUAUAUAAAUCCUGGUCUUAUUAUUAUUUUAAUACGGGAGUGUUGCUUUUCUCAUAUCUGUAAACAUCUGGGUGGUAUCUACCGCAUUGUUUAUUCCAGCUUUCAAGCAAUGACAAAUACAAUGAUAUAAUAUUUCAGUAUGACACAUUCUAGUCAGUUAUUUAUUGGCCAUUUGGACCAUUCAUAUAUAUCAUUUCAAUAUGGCGAGCUCAGAGCAACGCCAUAGUGCCUUUUAAUUUAAAGUUCAGAUGGCUCUGCUGUAGUGAAGAAACAUCAUAAAGAGCAAAUUAAUCGAAAGGGGUUUAACUUGAAAAAUCUGUAUGUAAAUUUGAUCCGGCUACAUUUUUUCUGGCCUCAGCGUACAAAAAGCUACAAAUUUUGAAUAAAAGUGGGCUGGAGCCAAGGACCCGUGGCAUUUAGCCUGUCAUGCCACUGUACUAUUUAUAGGCACUCAUUAUUCAUCGUCAGUUAAAUUAAAAAAAAGGCGAAAAGAUGCAUCUACAAUGGCCUAUAAAUUAGCUUAAAAAAAAUUUUUUUUUUAAAACUCAUAUCCAUCAAGGGAUCAUAUAUCCGGCUCCAACAGGCCAUAAUUGUGUUAACUGCUGGUUAUCAUCUCUCGUCAGUCGACAUUCUAUUGGACCGAACUCCACUUACCAUCAGGUGCAGAGGGGUCACUGGCCGUACAAAAAAAAACAAUUCAUACGGGAACCUGUUCUAGUGUAAACCUAGCAUUAUAAUGCAAUUGAUAACGGUUGUCGUUCGUUAAUUCAAAAUUAUAUCUUUGCCAUACAUUAGGUAUGUAUUUUAUUUCUCAUUAGAGUCUUUAAAAUUAACUUAUAAAUUUUUACAAUUGUUUUUAAGUAUAAAAAUAGUUUUUCUAUGUGUUGUACUCUGUAUUAAAUAAUAAAAAUAUGUAUAUCAAAUUGUCUAUUGUAGUGUACAAUAAAUGUGGAAUAAA